AAAGAAGCCUUGUUUGGUUCCUAGGCUUUGCUAGUCAACCCGGAUGACACACGGAGAAAAUGUCAGUUCUCCUUGUUGUGUUGCUUGUCCACCUCCACCUCCUGCUGUGCGCCCAUGGCGCUGCCGCCGACGCGGCGACGCCGCCUCCUCUUCCUGUCCUGCCCGUUCCUUCCUACGCGCAGCUCCAGUGGCAGCUCGCUGAGAUGGCCCUCUUCCUCCACUUCGGGCCCAACACCUUCACGGACUCCGAGUGGGGCUCUGGCCACGCCGACCCCUCCGUGUUCGCUCCGUCCGCGCUCGACGCCCGCCAGUGGGCGCGCGUCGCGUCUGAGGGCGGAUUCGGCCGCGUGGUGCUUACGGCCAAGCACCACGACGGGUUCUGCCUCUGGCCGUCGGCGCUGACGGAUUACUCGGUGGCCGCCUCGCCGUGGCGGGAAGGGGCGGGGGACGUCGUCGGCGAGCUCUCGGCCGCCGCCCGCGCGGAGGGGAUCGGUCUGGGGCUGUACCUUUCGCCAUGGGACCGGCACGAGCCGGUGUACGGCGACACCGUCGCCUACAAUGAGCACUACAUGGGCCAGAUGACGGAAUUGCUCGCCAGGUAUGGAGAUGUGGAGGAAGUUUGGCUUGAUGGUGCAAAGGGCGAUGAUAAGCACAUGGAUUACAUGUUUGAUGCCUGGUUUGCACUUAUCCAUCAGCUCCAGCGAAGGGUUGUUAUAUUUUCAGAUGCUGGACCGGACACUAGAUGGGUAGGAGACGAGGCAGGGGUUGCGGGACGCACUUGCUGGUCUCCUUUCAACAAGAGUGUCGUGACAAUUGGGCACAUCAUUCCUGAAUACUCGCGUAAUGGGGAUCCUUUUGGGCAAGACUGGGUUCCUGCAGAAUGCGAUGUUUCUAUCAGGCCAGGGUGGUUCUGGCAUGCCUCAGAGAAACCAAAAAGUGCUAUAGUUCUUCUUGACAUAUACUACAAAUCAGUUGGUAGAAAUUGUCUUCUCAUAUUGAACAUCCCCCCUAAUUCAUCCGGGCUCAUUUCUGACGAAGAUAUGCAAGUCCUUAAGGAAUUCACUGAGAUUCGGCAGACAAUUUUCUCUCAGAACUUCGCUGCAAAUGCGACUGUCAUGGCAAGCAGUGUACGUGGUGGGCUGAACAAUCUGCAGUUUGCACCAUCCAGUGCCCUCCAAGAUAGCAUAUACUCCUACUGGGCACCACAGGAAGGCCAGACAAGCUGGGAGAUGCUUUUUGACCUCGGGCGAUCUACUUCCUUCAACUUGCUCCAGCUGCAGGAGCCUAUUCAGCUAGGACAGCGUGUGAUCAGGUUUCAUGUGGACAUCCUUGUGGGUGAACUGUGGGAAACGAUUCUUGAAGGCACAACAAUCGGAUACAAGAGGCUGCUGCAAUUCCCAGCGGUUCAGGCCCGAUACCUAAAGCUAUCUGUCGACAGUGCACGCGCUGAUCCGCUGAUUGCAUUCUUUGGUGUUUUCAUGGAUCCCUUCUCGGUCAUAUAUAGCUUAGAUCAUGGCAAGCCGCCCCGUACUAAUAGUAGUGAAGUUAUAAUGUUGAAGACAGACCAUGCUGCUGGCAACAAGAGUACAGCUACCGUGUGGCGCGAGACCUUCAACUCAUGGCUUGCCAAGGAGCCCUUCGCGGCGCUCAUCCCGCCCCACUGCGACCACCUCCUCACCUCCGCCUACAACUUCCUCGUCUCCCACGGCCACAUCAACUUCGGUGUUGCCCCAGCCAUCAAGGAGCGCCUCCCCAAGGAGCCCACGAGGCCCGACACUGUCAUCGUUGUCGGGGCUGGCUUGGCUGGGCUCGCCGCGGCACGGCAGUUGCUGGCGUUCGGGUUUAAAGUGGUCGUCCUGGAGGGCCGCAAACGGUGUGGUGGCCGCGUGUACACGAAGAAGAUGGAAGGGGGUGGGCGCUCAGCUGCUGCUGACCUUGGUGGCAGUGUGCUUACAGGGACAUUUGGGAACCCACUCGGAAUUGUGGCGAAGCAGCUCGGCUUACCGAUGCACAAGAUCAGAGACAAGUGCCCACUGUACAGGCCAGAUGGGUCGCCAGUUGAUCCAGAGGUGGAUAAGAAAGUGGAGAAUACAUAUAACAAAUUUCUUGAUAAUUCCAGCCACCUGCGGGCAUCCAUGGGAGAUGUGGCGAUGGAUAUCUCGCUUGGUGCGGCGCUUGAGACAUUGCGGCAGGCUGAUGGGGGUGUCUCCACACAGGAAGAGAUGAACUUGUUCAAUUGGCAUAUAGCAAAUCUUGAGUAUGCCAAUGCAGGAUUGUCUUCAAGGCUUAGCCUUGCAUUCUGGGACCAGGAUGAUCCGUAUGACAUGGGUGGGGAUCACUGUUUCUUGCCUGGCGGCAACGGGAGGCUUGUGCAGGCCCUGGCAGAGAAUGUGCCCAUUGUUUACGAGAAAACAGUGCACACUGUACGCUACGGAGGGGAUGGAGUGCAGGUGGUUGUCAAUGGUGGGCAGGUGUAUGAAGGGGACAUGGCGCUGUGCACUGUGCCGCUUGGUGUUCUUAAAAAUGGCGGUGUCAAGUUUGUACCUGAGCUGCCACAGAGGAAGCUUGAUAGUAUUAAGAGACUGGGCUUCGGGUUAUUAAACAAGGUCGCAAUGUUGUUUCCUCAUGUUUUCUGGAGCACCGACCUUGAUACGUUUGGACAUCUGACUGAAGAUCCAAGUCACCGAGGGGAGUUCUUUCUGUUCUACAGCUAUGCAACAGUGGCUGGUGGUCCAUUGUUGAUGGCAUUGGUUGCUGGUGAAGCCGCCCACAACUUCCAAACCACACCUCCAACUGACGCUGUCAGCUCAGUUCUUCGGAUACUGAGGGGUAUCUAUGAACCACAGGGGGUUGAGGUACCAGAUCCUCUACAGAGUGUUUGUACGAGAUGGGGCACGGACUCUUUCAGUCUAGGCUCGUAUUCGCAUGUGGCGGUUGGAGCAUCUGGAGAUGACUAUGACAUAUUAGCUGAGAGUGUUGGAGAUGGGAGGCUAUUUUUUGCUGGAGAGGCCACUACAAGGCGUUACCCAGCAACAAUGCAUGGAGCUUUUAUUACUGGUGUGCGGGAGGCUGCUAACAUCAGUAUCCAUGCCAAUGCUCGAGCAACAAAGACCAGAGUGGAAAAAAGUCCAUCAACAAACGCUCAAGCUUGUGCUACUCUAUUGGUCGACUUGUUUAGGCAACCAGACUUGGAAUUUGGGAGCUUCUCCGUCAUAUUUGGUGGAAAAGCUUCUGAUCCAAAAUCCCCAGCUAUUCUAAAGGUGGAACUAGGCGGCCCUCGAAAGAAAAAUGCAACUGAAGGGGGGAAAACAGAACAGCACCACUCAAACAAGUCGUUGUUUCAGCAGCUACAGUCACAUUUCAACCAACAGCAACAACUUUAUGUUUACGCAUUACUAUCACGGCAGCAGGCUAUGGAGUUAAGAGAGGUUAGAGGAGGUGAUGACAUGAGGCUGCAUUACCUCUGUGAAAAGCUGGGUGUGAAAUUAGUUGGCAGGAAAGGUCUUGGUCCAGGGGCUGAUGCUGUGAUUGCUUCCAUUAAGGCAGACCGAAACAGCAGUAGAACUAAGUCUGGCCCCUCUAAGUUGAGACUGGGAAUUUCUAAAUCCCCAAAUUUGCUGCAUCGUGAUCCCUGACUACUGAUCUUUGUAGGAGCCUGACUGUAUAUGAUUGAUAGAGCUGGUUUCUUUGUUCUUCAAUUGUACACCUGCUUGGAUAUUAUGGCGUUCAUUUGCAUGGAGCCUCAGCUCAUAUGUGCUGAAUCAUUGUUUCGAGAUCAUUGUGUUCAUUAGUAUGGAGCCUCUGCAUAUAUUCUUAA